AUGACUGAAAAUAUUAUCUGCCUAGCUAUUGGGAAUUUUGACAAUAAAUCAAUCACAGCUGAGCUUAUCCCAAAUACCACUCUAAAGCCAUAUAUAAGAAAAGAAAUAUUCGCCCUUCUCUCAGAAAAACCAGCUGCAGAAUGGCUUAUAUCAACAGAUUCACAAUUCGGACUAUGAAGUAUGAUCGCAAAUAAUAACGUCUGCUAUAUGUUUUUAGGCCCAAAAAACUAUCCUUCAUGUAUAGUAAAUUCUUUACUUUUUGAUAUAAAAACAGCAUUAAAAGAUACCCAACAAUCAGAACAAGAAAUUUUGGAAAGUAUGUCAAAAAAGUACCAAAAUGGACAAGGGAAAAUUAAAAAUUUAUCAGAGAACAUAAAAAAAGUGCAAGAAUUAGCAUAUGUGGGAAUCAAAAAAGUUAUGGAAAAUACAGAAAUUGCAGAAGAUCUUUCAGAAAAAACUGAUGAAUUGGCAAGCACAAGCUUUUUGAUGAACCAAGAAGCAAAAAGACUUGAGCGGCAGAUGUAUUGGAGAAAAAUUAAACUGAAAUUCAUCAUUGGGAUUGCUAUUUUAUCAGUUCUGCUAUAUGUAGUAAUUCCUUUAUUUUCCAAUGAUAAUUAA